CCAAGCAGUAAAUCCAUAUAUAUAUACAUAUUUAUAUAACUGUUUCAAAAGUAAGCUCUCUACAACCAACAAAAGUAAAAGUGGGGAGGGGACUGCUCCAAGCCAAGAAAAUUGCUUCUUGUUUUUUUUCGUCUUUCUGAGAAAAGCUUUUUUCCAAGAGGCAUGCUAGACAUGGCUUCCUCGCAAGGAAUGCAAUUGCAACUACAACCCAUCAUCGUGAUUCUAGUACUAGUACAAGUAGUAGUGGUGGUGAUAUUUUCAUUAUCAGCAGCAACAAAAGCAGCACCACCAACAGAAGCAGAUUUGAAGAAUCAUGGCUGCAUGAACCGUUGCGGGAAUUUAAACAUCCCAUACCCAUUCGGCGUGAAAGAGAAUUGUUAUCUCGGCGAAGAUUUCUUCAUUAAUUGCAGCGAUUCCCAGCCAUAUUUAUGGCAUAGCAAUCUCCAUGUUACAAAUAUAUCGCUCGACGAGGGUGAGUUAGGCGUCAUGAAUUACAUAUCUCGUAAUUGUUACGACCUGUUAGGUACAUUACAGAGCAACAUUUAUGCAUUGCUCAACACGGCCAAUUUCUCCAUUAGUACGAAGAACAAGUUCACUACUAUUGGUUGUGACACAUAUGGGUAUCUCCAAAUUUUUGAAAACAACAGUUUCGCUUUUGCAACUGGGUGUGUGUCAAGUUGUAUGAACAUCUCCUACGUUCCUGAUGAUGGAUCUUGCUCUGGAAUUGGUUGCUGUCAGACCUCCAUGCCAAAACGACUCAGCCAUAUCGAAAUCAAUGCACAUAGCUUCAACAAUCAUACAAAUGUAUCGGACUUCAAUCCCUGCAGCUAUGCCUUUGUUGUCAAAGAAGCUGCGUUUAAUUUCUCCAAAACUUACCUCCAAAAUUUUACAGAAGACAUGGUGCCGUUGGUGCUUGAUUGGGGAAUAUGGGAUAAUGAGACAUGCGAUGAAGCUAAGAGAAAUUUGACUAGUUAUGCAUGUGGAGAUCAUAGUGAUUGUUAUAGUGCAGAAAUUGGUCAUGGGUAUCUCUGCAAGUGUUCCAAUGGUUACAAAGGGAACGCGUACCUCUCAGAUGGUUGCAAAGGCUAGUAGUAUCCAUUUAGCUAGCUUCAUCAAAUUCAUCAUGUUCGGAUUCAAUUACGUUUGAUUCUAUACAUAUUGCUUCUGUGAUGUUUUAAUUUCAUUAUUGAGCCCUCCCUCCUCUGUUUUGAUUGUUUUGCAGACAUAGAU